GGGAAGCCGGGCUGUCAUGUGGUUCCGGCUGACGUCACUGAGGGGGUGUGGUCACGAGGAGAGCUCUCGUGGCCGGGACGAUUUUCCUGAAGCAGCUUCCCGGGCGCAUGUGAGCAUCGUGAUGGCGGCUUGUGUAGGCAGCGCAGAGAUGUUCUCAUUUGAAGAAGCACAGUGGAAUUGUCUGUACAGCAGUCAGAUGAAAUAGCUCAAGUGAAAGCCAGCAAAAUCGUGAACUUGGCAUUAUUCAUUCAAAGUGCUACAAAGAUCCUGAAUUAACUGGAUGCAUGUAAAUCUCUAACUGCUUCAAAGUUAGUUAAAAGAAUGUCACAACAAAGAGGAGCAGCAUCUGAAAACUUGGAUGUAAAACCUAAGGUCAACCAAGGGAACAGUGUUGACCAUAGGGAUGGUUAUACUUGGAGUAGUAAGAAACGUUCACGAUCUUCCAAAAUGGAUACUCCUUCAGUUGGAGGGGUGGGGGCUCUUGCUGGGAUAUCGUCAACUGCUUCACGAAGGGAGAGAAAACUCAGCUCUCCUGGACCUGAGCUGGAUCUUGAAGAUUCAUGUUCACACAAGCUGUCUAGUCGAUCACUGAAGCAGAAGAUCCAAGAUGCAGUAGCUCAGUGUUUCCCUCUUAAGAUGCAUAACCAUAAAAACUCUGCUUUAAUUUCCAAAAGUAAAAUCCACAUUCGUGAUCUGCUGGUGGAUAAUUGCCCAUUUCCAAUUGGAUCUGAGCUGGCUCAAAAAUGGCACUUGAUUAAUUGGCAUGCAAUUCCAUUGACUCAAAGCUGUGGAAUCUGGGAAGGCUCAGAAGUGGGAUUUGAUGAACAUGAACUAGAAGAAGGGUGCAGAAUGAGUAUUGAACUAGAGGUGGACCCUCCAGACACACACAUUCGUACACUUGAAGUGAUUUCUCAGAUUAAUGCUUUGCACAAACAGAACUCUGAAGUGGAGCACGGAAUGAAUGAAUUAGCAUGUGACAAUAGCACAACGUUUCAUUCGAAUGAUUCAGACUCUGAUGAGGAACUGAUGGCUCUUUUCACAGAUUCUGAAAAUCAGAAUAGCACCAAACAGGAUUUUGAGAAUAAUUGCAGUUGGCUAGCACCCUUUCACAAAUACCACACUGAGUUUGGCUACAUCUACCGCUUAGUCCCAGAUCUAUUUUGGAUCAGUAAUAAUCCAUGUUACUGGGGUGUAAUGGAUAGAUAUGGAGCUGAGGCUCUGUUAGAGGGUAAACCAGAAGGUACAUAUUUGCUCAGAGACUCUGCCCAGGAGGACUACCUCUUCUCUGUCAGUUUCAGACGUUAUAGCCGCUCUCUCCAUGCUAGAAUUGAACAGUGGAACCAUAACUUUAGUUUUGAUGCCCAUGAUCCCUGUGUUUUUCAUGCACCCAGCGUAACUGGCCUUUUGGAACAUUACAGGGACCCAAACUCAUGUAUGUUCUUUGAACCACUGUUGUCACUUCCACUAAACAGGACUUUUCCAUUUUCACUUCAGCGCCUUUGCAGAGCUGUAAUUUGCAGCUCCACAACUUAUGAAGGAAUUGAUGCUCUUCCUAUACCACCAUCAUUGAAAGUUUACUUGAAAGAAUACCAUUACAAACAAAAAAUAAGAGUGCUCAAGAUCAGCGCACAACAAUGGUAUGGUGGAUUGAAAGGCAAUCAGUAAAUUUAAGAGCUACAAGAAAGAUUUUUAAAGACCACCAGGAACAUUUCUACACUAUAAAGAAACUUAAGUGUUUGUCUUAAACAGAAGUUUAUUGGCACUCUGUUAUGCUGCAGGUUUUGCUUGAAGACUGCUAACUUUCAAACCUUAUCUUCUACUUUAUUUGGGUAUUCAGGAUUAAUUUUCUCCCCCUUAUUCAUCACUGCAGUUAAACUAAUGUACCUUGUCUAAUGGGAUGAAUCAUUUGCGCAUGUCUUCUGUAGGUUAUGACACUUUAGAUGUUUUGCCUACAAAGCACUUGUCAUGUUGAGGUGGAAAUUAAAGACUGAAAGUUCAGUUCUGAAGCCAAGAUUUUCACUAAAAUGUACUUUUGGUAGAAAGUCUUGAAAACAUUUGACAUGUAUAUCACAAUUUUAUUUGCACUUUUUUGUACUCUUUCAAAGAUGUUCAUUAGCUUAUCUGAAGCUUUAAUUAUGUAACAUGGAUUGUUGCAAUGUAAUUUUGUAAAUUCAUUUUACAUGAGUAAAAUCUCGAACAGAAAUAUUGCUGUUUGAAGUUUUGUUUCGCAUAAUGUUGCAAAUUUGAUCUUGGCGAAGAUUCAAGUAUCCUACUUAGUGUACUAUUACUCAUAUAUAUUUUGUAAUGCAUGACCUGUAUCUGAAUCAAAAGCAGAAAAUGGUGCAAACAGACAACAGUUCAGCAUCUGCAGAAAAAACAAUUAGGUUGACUUUUUGGAUGCAGACACAUCUGCAGAACACUCUGAAAGUACGCAGUUUUAUCCCUUUUAGGUCCAAAGUGGAUAUCUCGUAUUUGUCUAUGUUGAAAUCCAUUUGUCACAGUUUUGCCCUUUCACAAUCUAUUAAUACCUUUGUAAUUUUAAGCUUCAUCAGAAAUUGGAUAUGCAGCUCUAUCCCAUCAUUAAUAAAUAUGGUAAACAGGUGAUAAAUACCAUAGAAAACAGAAUGAGUCACUUAGAUGGACCUUCUAUUUAUGUGUAGAUUCCCAAUUUAUUACAGAAUACAUUAAAAAUGAAUGUUACUGCAAAGGAUGAAGUAAAGUUGAUGAGAGCUAUUGUAAUGUAUAUAUCAUAUUUGUAAAGUACAAGGUCUUCCAUGUUCAAAUGAGUCAAAAGCAAAAUGACAUCCCCACAAUCUUUUGAGUAAGAAUAAAGCAGAAGUUGAUCAUCCAAA